AUAAAAACCUUGAACACCACUGUCCUCCUCCUUCUUCCUAGGAAGGAAGGUUUGCCCCCUUUUUUCUCUUUCCAAUCGUUCAACGCCUAAAACUUUUGCUUGCAGGUAGAAAACAAACAAACAAAAACCCUAAUUCUCCAUCUUCUUCUUCUUCAUUCUCACAUAUCUUACAUUCAUAUGUCUUCUUCCAUUGCUCUUCUGCUCCAUCAUCAUCAUCUUCCUGCUUCUAGCUCCUCCUCUUCUUCCCUACAACGCCACCAUGCUUCAACUCUACACUUCUCCUUGAGCUUCCUAUCAGUAUCUUCUCAACAUGACUGACCACAACGUGUUCGUGUUUGGAUCAUUUACAGAGGAUGAGAUCAGAUCCAUGCAAAGUUCUCCCAAAGAGAAUGAUGUACCGUUUAUGUUCGGUUCUCUCGACGCUGCAACUCUUAGAUCCGUGGGCUUCUAUAACAGACCAACCAACACAGAAAUUACCAAAAAGCCCCAAACAAAAAAACAUGUAAAGAGAAGUAACAGUAACAGCGAUGAAAUUGUACAUAUAAACGGGAACUUGAACAACUUGAACACCCAUGAUUCAAGUUCUCUUCCCUAUAGCAACGGUAUACAAGAUAAUGAUGAAAAAGAUGCAGAACUACCCGUAUCAUUUGUACCCGGAAGUGUUGACCAGUCAAUUUCGCAGCAACAUGUCACAGAAUCUGUAGCUGUUUCAGCUGUAAAUCAAGGAAAUGAAGCUCUGGAUGUAAAUGGUACCGAAAACCAAAUUUUCGGUCCGUCAAUUGGUCCACAUAAGAUUUCACUCGAGUUACUACCUCGAGGUUUAGUCAACUCGGGAAAUUUGUGCUUUCUGAACGCAACUCUUCAGGCUCUUUUAGCCUGUUCUCCGUUCGUACAUCUUUUGCAGGAGCUAAGAAUGGGCAAUAUACCUGAGAUUGGGUACCCAACUUUACGCGCAUUUGUUGAGUUUGUAUCUGGAUUUGACAUGCCAUCUGGCUUGCAAUUAAAGAAAAAAGGUGACAUUCUUCUGGGAACCGGGAAGCCUUUGCGGCCCGUGAUGUUCGAAUCCGUUCUGAACAAUUUCUCCCCAGAUAUGCCAAAUAGCUUCGCGGGGAGAGCAAGGCAAGAAGAUGCGCAAGAGUUUCUAAGUUUUGUGAUGCAUCAAAUGCAUGAUGAAUUGCUUAAGCUUGAAGGAAAAGUUUCUGCUGUUAAUGGAGGCAAAGUUUCAUUGGUUUCAUCGGUGAGUGAUGACGAUGAUGAUGGUUGGGAGACGGUUGGCCCGAGGAACAAAACUGCAAUUACCAGAACGCAGAGUUUUAUUCCAUCAAAGUUAAGUGAGAUUUUUGGAGGCCAGCUCAGAAGUGAAGUCAAAGCAAAAGGUAACACACCCUCAGCGACUAUACAACCAUUUCUUCUACUCCACCUAAAUAUAUGUCCAGAUCCUGUCCGUACAAUAGAGGAUGCACUUCAUCUUUUUUCUGCGCCAGAAACACUUGAAGGAUACCGUGCAUCAUCUGCUGGAAAGGCUGAGCUGGUAAGUGCAAGCAAAUCAGUGAAGAUACUAGAGCUUCCCGAAAUUAUAAUACUGCACUUGAUGCGAUUUAGCUACGGAAGCCAAGGGAGCACCAAGUUAUUAAAACCCGUCUACUUCCCUCUCGAACUCAUUCUUAACCGUGGGCUGCUUGUUUCGCCAUCAACAGAGGGUCGUAAGUAUGCGCUUGUGGCAACGAUAACUCAUCACGGGAGGGAACCCUCAAAGGGUCACUACACUGCUGAUGUUUUGCACCCGAGCGGAAAAUGGCUGCGCUUUGACGAUGCAUCGGUUGACUCUAUUCCUACCAACAAAGUCCUUCAUGAUCAAGCUUAUGUUCUCUUCUACAAGCAGCAGUAGAUUUUACAGGUCUUCUUCUCCCAUUUUUAGCUCCAUUUCGGCUUUACAAGUUUAUGGUAACGUGUCAUUUAUAUCUGUUAUGUUACUUGAAAUACUUGUACCUCUUUUUGGUUGAUUUUGUUGGUUAUUUAGUAUUUUAGUGAGGCGUAUUUUCAACCCAUCUAGUUGUUGAUUAGUUAAUUUUGGUUCGGUCUCAAAUGAUCAAAUAUAUUAUGAGUUUUAAUUUGAA